UGCGACGGCAGGAGGAGCUCGAGCGCAGCGUGCUGACAUCAGAAGGCGGCCGUACGGCGUGCAAUACUCGCGUGCGUCCGUCUCCAUGCCACGACUCGCUCUUUCGUUCCAUCUUGUGGAGCGGCGAAAGGGAGACGCGCUAGUGUUCACGUUUAGGGCUGGUGAUUAAGAGAACACAGAACGAGAAGACAGGACACCCAGGAUCAGAGAUCUCGCGAGAGCGGCCGCGUGGCUGGCUGGCUGGCUGUGAGGUUGCAGCAGACGGAGGGAGAAGGCAGGCAGGCAUCAUGGCGGACAGAGACAGUGGAAGUGAGCAGGGAGGAGCGGCUACGGGCCCGGCUCUGAGCUCCAUGCACGCGGUGGCAGGAGGGGCGGGCUCGGCUUCCGGCCUGCAGCACGACACGCAGGAGCUCGCGUCCAAGCGCGUCGACAUCCAGAACAAGCGCUUCUACCUGGACGUGAAGCAGAACGCGAAAGGCCGCUUCCUAAAGAUCGCCGAAGUGGGGGCCGGUGGCAACAAGAGCCGCCUGACGCUCUCCAUGUCGGUGGCCGUUGAGUUCCGAGACUACCUCGGGGACUUCAUCGAGCACUACGCGCAGCUUGGGCCCAGCAACCCGGACGCGGUGCAGGACGAGCCGAGGCGAGCGCUCAAGAGCGAGUUCCUGGUGCGCGAGAAUCGGAAGUAUUACAUGGAUCUGAAGGAGAACCAGCGCGGCCGCUUCCUGCGGAUCCGACAGACGGUAAACCGGGGGCCUGGCUUGGGCUCGGCGCAGGGCCAGACCAUCGCGCUGCCGGCGCAGGGGCUCAUCGAGUUCCGCGAUGCGCUCGCCAAACUUAUCGACGACUACGGCGUGGAGGAUGAGCCUGCCGAGCUGCCCGAAGGAACGUCGCUCACUGUGGACAACAAGCGCUUCUUCUUCGACGUGGGCUCCAACAAGUACGGCGUGUUCAUGCGCGUGAGCGAGGUGAAGCCCACGUACCGCAACUCCAUCACGGUGCCCUACAAAGUGUGGGCCAAGUUCGGCAGCACGUUCUGUAAAUACGCCGAGGAGAUGAAAAAGAUUCAAGACAAGCAGCGGGAGAGGAGGGUGUGCGAGCAGCAACAACAGCCGGGAGAGAUGCACCCGGACGACGGGGAUGAGGAUUGAUAAUGAGCGGAGAGUUGGGAGGGAGGAUAACAUGCAAAAAAAAAAAAAAUAUACGAUCAAAACAAAGCGAAACGACGCGUAAAACGAACUUUACUGUACAAAUGAAAGAAACGUAAAGAUUUAACUGUAACGGUUUAACUCCAAGGGGCAGUAAGUAUCCACAAACGUACAGCAAACCUCCACAAGAUGACAGGUGCAACUCGUACCCCAUCACUGGAUGUGAUCCACUUACCCACCAUUAAUACAGUAAGCGGCUGCUAAACAGAGUAAUAACAUUAUAUAGGCUAUGAACUGUGUUUCCUACUUGACUACAGAUAAAGAACUGAGUGUUUAUUUCCCUUAUUAACCGAGAACUUUUAUACACGUCAAAGAUAUUAUAAAAACAGGAAAAAAAAGUGUUUGCAAUGUUCAAAUGGAAUUAUUGCUGAAACAUGAAAAAAACAGUCCUUUAUGUGUAAGCUAAUAACUUCAGCACAACAAAUCAGAUGGUUUUAUUUUAUGUUCUCUCCUUUUUUUUAAACUAAAUUUUCAAAUCCAGUUAAGAGGCUGUCAUGGUAACCAUGCCACUCAUAUGUUAAAAGCAUCACCUGAAGGCUAUUCAGGACCGUGGAGGUGAAAAUGUCAGUGAACGUAGAAGGCCUUGGGUACAGGUUAACUCUGGCAAAGGUCACAAGUGCUCACUGUACUAAAGAAUGCAGUCGGUUUCUUAGACGACCUGUUUGACUGGACGAUGGUCCUUGACAUGGAGACCUAUACGCAAAAGGCGGCCUAUGGAGUAUAAUCCCAGUGUAUUUUUUUAUCCAUUGAAAUAAUUGUCAUGCAGAUGAGUAUACUAUGUACUUGUGUCUUGUUGUCAUGCGAAGUGUAUAGACAAGUUAUGAAAGAUACUUUAAACAAGGGGAAGCAGUGACAACAGAAAGACUACUUUGAAAGUUUUGUAAUGAAAAAUUCUUCCCAAAACUACCAGGCCCCUAGAUGAAGGUGCAAAGAAACAUGAAAAUGCUAAUGUAAAAAAAAUAUAUAUAUAGGCAGAGUAUGAUUUUGUGAGUCAGCUGUAUUUCAGUGCUUACAGAGAAGAUAAUACCCUACGUUUUUAGUGGGGGAAUUAAAUAACAAUCUCUAGAAGGAUUUAAAUAUAUCGGUCUACCAAUGAGAGUAUGAGUGGCACCAAGGAAUGCUGUUGUUGCAUGUUAACCUAUACACAGCUACAUUGAGGUGGGUUUCUCAAUGUGUCCUCAAGGACCUUCUAUUUAGUGAUUUCAUGGACAGUGUCCUGUCAGUGAUGUUUGAUCACUUAGUUGAUGAAUAAUUUCCGUUCAACCUGUAAAUACAGUAUUGAAUCCUUGACUGCUUGAUCAUACAUGAACGACAGGUCUGUUGCAAUGAAAUCUCACACUCUCUCUCUCAGGGGUCCUUUAGGACCUGUAUUGGGGAAAGCCCUAGUCAGACAUGUAAGGAUCUGCAGUGAAGCUUGAUAAUGUUGGUACGUUCCCAGUUUGAGAAAUGUAGCAGGACAAAGUUGGAAUGGAGUGCAUUUGUGGGUAUGGUUUAUCUACAGACAUCUCCGAAUCCAUGCACUUAUUGAAAAGA